AUGCAACGCCUUUUCAUCACCGCUGCGAUGGCAGUCCUGGCUCGUUUGGCCAUUACACAGACCAUUGACCCCAAUUCAGUGCCUCUGUCGACGAGACAGUCGUGGUGCGACUCGCAGAUCGCCGAAUGUCCUCUUAUUUGCCUGCAAACGGCUGGCAAUUCUGCGGCCACCGACGCCAAUACCUGUGACCCGGUUGGCCUCACCUAUUCUUGCAUUUGCUCCAACGGGCUUUCUCCCAAUGCCUCCGAAUACUCUCAGACCCUCCCCUACUAUAUCUGCACAGAGUACAACACCCAAUCGCCCCGUACGAAGCAACAGUUCGACCAAAGUAUUACAGGAGACAGCUCAGACGAUGAAGAUCUUGCGCCUAUCAAACUAAGUGCCGAGGCGCAAGCUAUAUUGGGCGAAGACAAUGAACAGUUGGGGACUGAGAAGGAAAAUGUGGAACCAGAACCACAGAGUGCGAAGCCGUUGAGCACAGGCUACUCUAGGAGACGAAGCAGGGGAACACCACUGGAAAUACUCAGGUCUUCAAGCCCGCCUCAACAAAGAGAUGGCAGUCCUGCCCCGCGGGUCAUUCGAGUCACCUCGGUUUCUCGGCCGGUGCAGCCGGGUGUCUUGGGAAGAGAUGGAUCAUUCAUGUACAAGAUCCAUGACAAAUCGACAACAGGGGCUCAAGCUGUACGUCAAGACUCAGAAACUCCGGCACCCAGAGUGCGGCGCAUCCGCAUUAGCGAUGCUAGGCGGCUGUCGAGAUCGCCUCCAUCACCUGAAGAGGAAAAAGAGGAACCGGUCGAACUGCCGCUCGAAACUUCAAAAAGGUCAACCAGCCCAAAGUCAAGCAUGAUAAGAGGCAGCCUCGACGAGCAGAAUGCUGUUGCACCGUCGACAAUCAGCCGACCUCGGAAACCCGAUGAAAAUGGUGCGCAGAGUACCAUGCGAGUCCGACGAAUUGGAGGCGCGUUGCUGAACAAACCUGUGAGGAGAGGCAUGAUGCGUCGUCCCAGCGAAGACGAGGAUGUUCAUAUGGACCAUCAAGAUCAGCCGCACCCCGAUACUCCUGAUAUGGAAAUGGGUCGGCGGGCCAAAGAGCCCGAGUUGCAAGAUUUUCCAGAUGACUUGCUUGCGCUGAGGGGAAGCCCCGAACAGAGCAGGCCAGCUAAGCAUUCUCCCCAGAAUACAUCUCCCAAGCAAACGGACGGGGUUCUGUCACAAAUUCGUUCGCUGUCGCGACCAGGAUCGGCUCAUCAGGCUCACCCUACACCUGCUGUGCAAAAUUUUCAGCCCUCGUCCAAAUCAUCAAGCUCCCAAAGAAGACCUGUGUUUAAGAUUCCACCUUUGCCAGCGCUUCCAUCGUUAGAAGACCAGGAGAAUGAGCCGCCUCCAACGUUUCGAAAGAGCAAACCGUCAGCUGCAAUCUUGGACAUUCAAGAAGACGGUGCUCCACUGGAGCAGAAGCCGGUUGAGCCUGCAUCAGGGCAUGCUUCUCCAUCUCGCCAGCCGCUGGCUCCUCGGUCUAACAACACGCCUCACCGUCCAGCGCCCGCUCCACCGCCGAAAAUGUCGAUUCUUGAUGCGGCAACGUCGAACGCGGGCUCUCGCAACAAGAGAUCCGUUCACUACGUCUUGAAUGGGAAAACCUAUAGAAGGCUAGAUUGCAUAGGUCGAGGCGGGUCGUCAAGAGUUUUCCGAAUCAUGGCUGAGAAUUACAAGAUCUUCGCUCUCAAACGAGUCAAUCUCGAGGAGGCCGACAUGGCAGCAAUUGUAGGCUACAAGGGCGAGAUUGACCUAUUGAAGAAGCUCGAGAACGUGGAUCGCGUUAUCAGAUUGUACGACUACGAAAUCAACGAGGAGAAAGGGGUGCUCAGCGUCAUGAUGGAGCUGGGCGAAACAGACUUCAACAAAAUGCUGAACGAACAACUCAAGGCAGAAGGUGCCAAGCUGGACAUCACUUUCACCAGGCACUAUUGGAAAGAAAUGCUAGAAUGCGUCCAGGCGGUGCACGAUCACGAUAUUGUGCAUUCAGACCUCAAACCCGCCAAUUUCCUGCUCGUCAAGGGUCAACUCAAACUCAUCGAUUUUGGCAUUGCCAACGCCAUCCAAGAAAACACAGUCAACGUGCAUCGCGAAAAUCAAAUCGGCACACCCAAUUAUAUGUCUCCAGAAUCCCUGGUUUGCCACACGCCCGCUGCAGGAUCACAGCAGCCUCCCGGCACGAAACUGCUUAAACUCGGAAAACCCAGUGAUGUUUGGAGUCUAGGGUGUAUCCUUUAUCAAAUGACCUACGGACAACCCCCGUUCGCCCAUAUCCAGAAGCAGUUCGAGCGCAUCAUGUCCAUCCCCAACCCGAAGGUCGAGAUUUCAUUUCCGACAACAGGUAUUGGUGGGUCUGUGGUUCCAUUUGGACUAAUCAAGACCUUGAAACGUUGCCUCACACGAGAACAGUCCCUGAGACCCACGAUCAAAGAGCUCCUGUCCGAAACGGACCCAUUUUUGAACCCUGUCGCCAUUUCCCCGGAGAUGCUGGGCAGAGUUAUCGGGAAUGUUGUAGGAUACUGUCGACGAAGGGAGGAGGCGUUGAAAGCGAAGGGCGAGAUUGUGUGUAAAGAGGGUGAGGAGGUCAGUUGUCUGCCGAGUGAUCAGGAGAUGGUGGGCUGGCCUGGGGCGUUUUACGAGAAGUUGAGGCAGGCCAAUCUGGAGGGGACGGCAUGGUAG